CCAGGCAGUGACCCGAGAGUGGAGGGGCCCCAUCAGUUCGGGCUGUGGCUCGGGCCUUGCGGCUCGGGCCCAGCUUCAGCUGAGGCUCCCGAACCAGAGCUGGGUGAGCCCAAGCCCAGCCCACCAGCCAGCCAGCCCUCCUGUCGGCGCCUGCCUCGAAAGCCAAGCUCGACCAAGACUCCAGAUCCUAACUACAAGGGCAGAAAGCUUUCUGCUUCUGAAGUUCAUGGGAAAUUACAGGACUCUCUAGAUCGUGGAACAAGGUCUACCUCUGCUACGCAGCUAGGUUGUCACAGAUCAGAAGCCAAGGGCCUCGAAGGAAGACUGCUGGAAGUUGGUCCUUUUCGCAAAGAACAGGCAGAAGGUAGCAUAGCAAUGGAGACUAAUGGAAAGCACUGGGUGGAGAAGUUGUUUAUACCUUGUUUUACUCCCCAGGAUUUUUUUAAGCAAACUAAUCAGCCUGAACCUUUUUCUCAACAACUGGCUUUGGACCAAGCAAAGGGAGUGGAAGAAAUGUAUAAUUUGGCAAUUAAAAAGUUCCAAGAAGAAAAGAAAUUUAAGAGGAAAGAAUUCAUUUCCCCGCUAAUUGAACCAGAAUCUGAACCCAAGUUAACUGAGAGAAAGAUAAACAUUUCAAAGAAGCAACCCGAGAGGAAUUCUGCCUGCUGGGAUGCAGCUGAUUUGAAUGUUGGAACUGAAGAAAGCCCCACGAGAACAGAAGGUCAUUGUAUCUGGAAUGCAAAGGAAUUAGCAGCUUUGGGACAAGAAACGCAGAAAAAACACGCAGAAGGCAUUUCUCAAAAAAUUCAGCUGGCCUUUUUGAAUGUAGAGCUGGAGGAACUGAAUGCCAAGUGCAGAAAAAUAGAAACCGAAUUCGAAAACGCUGAGAAAGAACUCCUGCAAUCCAAGAGAGAAAUCAGCUGCAAGACUCUCUACUUGCAAGCUGCUAAGAAGGACAGCUUGAAAAAAGAUCAAGAACUCCGGGCCCUAAAGAAUGACAUCUCGGAAAAAUCCAUCAAUGUGAAGAACCUAACUGAGGCUCUCUUGCAAGCCAAAGAACUCAUCCAGAAGCUCGACCUAGAAAACAAAGAUUUAAAAGAAAUGGUUAGAAAACUCAAGGAGCAAAUCGAGGCUGGCAAUGCCGCCCUGAGGGAAAAGGUGAAAUUGCAGUAUAAAUUAGAAAUAAAAAAAAUCCAAAGAGAGCUAGAGGUUGUCAAGAAUGAGCUGAGAACGGAGAAGUUUCUACAUGCCAGGAAUAACAAGGCCCUAGAGCUCCUUAGGAAACACUUUUCUUCUUUACCAGCGUCAAGCACACUUGACAAUUUCGAAAUAGAUUAUCUUUAAAGAGAAAAAAAAAGCCUUUAUUGGCAAAAUUACCCAAACCGCUUGUUGUAUAUCUCUUUAAAAUCGGGAAAUAAGUGGGUGUAAAAGUUUGUAAUUCCCAGUUUUAGUUUAGCCAAAAUUUCAAUCCAGCAUAAAGAUGUUAACUCAGCAAA